AUGGCAAAAGGAUUGACACCUCUGCUCCUUGCUCUGGUGCUAUGUCAGGCGAGUCUUUUACUCGCGGAUAUUCCUCAGCAGGAUGAGCCAAGCUACAGACUGCCAGGCGAAGCGAUUCCGAAUAUCUACGAAUUGAAUAUCACACCGAAUUUGGAAAAAUUCACGUUCCAAGGUGUAGCGAAGAUUACGAUCGAACCUCGCUUAGACAAGGACACUAUAACUCUAAACGCGAAGAAUCUCACGAUAAGCAAAAUUUCCCUUUUGGCCGUAAGCGACAGCACUCCUAUAGAUCUGAACGGAGUCUUGGUACCUAAACAGGAACUCCUGGUUAUCAAGCUGUCCCAGAAGCUUGACAAUAACAAGCAAUAUGUGCUCACGGUGGAAUAUACUGGCGAAUUGAACGAUCAAAAGAGAGGAUUCUAUCGGAGCAGAUAUUUCGACAAGGACGACAAUGUAAAAUACGUUGCUGCGACUCACUUCGAACCAACGGGUGCACGAUUGGCAUUCCCUUGCUGGGACGAGCCUGCCUACAAGGCAAACUAUUCAAUUUCUAUAACCCAUUCGAAAAAUCAUCGCGCGAUCUCGAACAUGCGUCCAGUUGGAAACUUAAUGGACGCAGGCGGUGAUCUAUUGUUGACCAAAUUCGAGACAUCUCCAAAAAUGUCCUCUUACUUGGUGGCAUUCGUGGUCUCUGACUACGACAAUACGCAAAGCAACGAUUCAUUCUUCAAAGUUUGGACGAAACCACAUGCCUUGAACCAAACAUACUACGCCUUGGAAAAAGGUGAACAGAUAUUAAAGGAGUUAGAUAAAUAUACAGAAAUCGAAUUCCAGAAUUAUAUUGAUAAAAUGGACCAAGUAUCGCUGAAGGACUUUGCACCUUCCGCUAUGGAGAAUUGGGGUCUCGUGACGUACAGGGAAAGUGCUCUUCUUUAUCAAGAUGGCGUCACUACGACUCGUACGAAACAAAGCAUAACGACUAUUAUAGCUCACGAGUUCGCGCAUCAAUGGUUUGGAGACUUGGUCAGUCCGCAAUGGUGGACUUACAUAUGGUUGAACGAAGGAUUCGCCAACUACUUCCAAUAUCACAUCCUCCAGUCGCUGUUACCCGAAUGGCGAUUAAACGAAGUAUUCGUCGUGGACAACACGCAAGGAAGUGCCUUCGUUGCGGAUGCAGACGAAAAUGUGCGUCCCAUGAACAAAGAAGUGACCACGCCUCAGGAAAUCAGCGCCUUGUUCGACAGUAUUGCAUAUCAGAAAGCGGGAUCGGUUAUUCGCAUGAUGUCGCACAUUUUGUCACAAGAAACAUUCCAAAAGGGCUUGCAGAACUAUCUUACGAUACACAAAGCAUCGAAUACCAACUCGACUGAUCUCCUUAACGCCCUUGGUGAUGCUGCGAAUAGCACAUUUGGCGAUGAUAAAGUUUCCUUCACUACGCUUAUGAACGAGUGGGUAAACAAGCCAGGGUAUCCGGUGGUGACCGUGAAAAAGGACAAGGAUGGAAAGUGUGUCGUAACUCAAGAACGAUUUCUCUUAAACAAUAAUAAAGACAACACGAAAUGGUGGGUGCCUAUCACUUACUUCACCCAGUCCAGUGUCAAUGACAAGACAACUCCAGUCGCAUGGUUGAAGCCAACUGUAAAUGACACGACCCUUACAGUCGAUAAAGAUGGCUGGGUUAUUUUCAACACACUGCAAGCAGGUUACUAUCGUGUGAACUAUGACGAAGAAAACUGGAAAUUGUUGACGAAUUACUUGAAUACGGAUAAUUACUCGCACAUAUACCCUGUAAACCGUGCUCAGUUGAUCGACGAUGCCUUAAACAUGGCUCGUACCAACCGAUUGAAUUACACGGUCGCAUUGUCGCUCACGCUUUACCUUCAGAGGGAAGUCGAUUAUAUUCCAUGGCAGACAACUUUCAGGAACUUGAACUUCUUGCAGAACCUGAUACGUACUUCCGAACAGUACAGUGUUUUCAAGAGCUACAUUUCGUACAUAAUGCAGGGCUUGACGAAAAACGUGCAAUAUGUACCACAACAGAACGACACCGAUGUCACGAAACUUCUUAAGGUAAACGCAUUCAGGUGGGCCUGCAGAGCUGAGGUUAAGGACUGUGUGAACUACGCUAUUGAAGAGUUCAAUAACUGGAGGCUAGAUGCCAACCAUAGUCUUGACGUUAACUUGAAGAACAAUAUUCUCUGCGCCGCAUUGAGAUCUGCCAACUCAUCUGCAUGGAACGAAACAUUGAAAACACUGUCGUCUACGAAAGACGAAGACGAAAGGAAGAGUCUACUUUCGGUUUUGGCUUGUUCCGAGUCAUUGGAAAUUUUAGAAAAUUAUUUACUCUUGUCUCUCGAAGAGAAUCCUCCGGUGCCGUUCCAUACCGCUGUUCAGAACGUAGUAUCCGAACAUCCAAGUGGUGUCGACAUCGCGCUGAAAAUACUCAUCAACAAAUAUGAGGGGAUAAAGCAAUUGAACGAUAGCGACAGCGUGAUCAAAUCGAGCGUCGAUGUCAUUUCAGGAGCAAUCACCAAUAAUGACCAAUAUCUACAGUUGAGCAUGUUCAUGGCGAACCAGGGAUUGACAGCAGAGGUCCUCCAGACUGGUUUGAAGAAAGCAUCCAAGAAUAUGGAAUGGCUUCAAUUCAACAAGGGCACCGUCGAACAGUGGUUGGUCACUCACAAAGCUCAUUUCAACUCUGCCAAUUCGAUGGCGGUCACCUCGUUCUUCCUCAUCCUACUCUCAAUAUUUAUUACCCGAUUCUAUUAAACGAGGAAAUGAAAAGCAUAGAAGAUAGUAAUGAAGCAUUUAGGCAAACGUAGGAUGACCGUUUGUACAGAAUGCAUUAAACUAACCGCAAUGGCGGGCGGUGUUUCGAGUAACUUUGAGAUAAAUCAAUCAGGAUUUGACAUAUCUUUUAAUUUAACACGAUUGUCUAGUGCGAUUGAAAAUAGAUGUAUCUGGCCAAAUAUAUUUUGAUAUUAUACUGAAGAAUAAAA